AUGUCAAAAAAAAGUCGAACAAAUAUGGAUUUGACUCCUAAGGAAUGUAAUAUACUUGCAGCAAAUGGUAAACUUACUGAGCAAGAAAUUCGAGAAUGGCAUACGGAUUUUCUUCGUCAAUAUCCAUCAGGUACACUCGAUCAAAAGACAUUUAUUGAUUAUUAUCAGAAAUUACAUCCAGAUGAUAAAGCAGACGUUAUACAAAUCUUUGAGCGAAUCGAUGUAAAUGAUGAUGGUACAAUUGAUUUCAAUGAACUUCUUGUACUAAUUGCUAUUAGAAAAAAACUAGGCAGUUUAGAACAAAGACUUGCAUUUGUAUUUGAUUUAUGGGAUGAUUCGGAAGAUGGACAAAUUGAUCAACAAGAACUAACUAAUUUAAUAUCAGCUAUGUACUACCGUGCUGGUAUAAAUGAUCAAAAAGGUGAAUGGAAUCCGAAAAAACGUGCUAAGGAAAUUAUUGCUAAACUGGACAUUAGCGGUGAUAAGAAAUUAAGUAAACAAGAAUUUGUUAAUGGAUGUAGGAAUGAUCCAGUUAUUUAUGGUCUAUUAGUUUCACGUUAA